CUGAGAUAACCACCAAAAGCUCUCUGGCUGCAUUUCUCACUAGCAUCUACAAGCAGUGGGCUUAAUAUUGAAGGCGUCAUUCUCAUAUACGGUUUACGAGGAAUCUAAGUCGUAUUUCAAACAAUACUCGGUGUUACUGAUCUAAAGAAUCGUCGAUUGUGUUAGUGAAAACAGUUUUUCAUUUUCGAAGAGUAAAGUGAUUAUUGACGUCUUAAUUGACGAAAUUUGCUUUUUUUCACUAAAUGAAACCAAUCCCCUGUGUAACAUAAUAAGUAUAUCGAAAACAGGAACGUUUUUGGCGAUCAUUGAGUGAAACCACGCACAUAGUACAGUUCACGUUUUAGCAACAGCAUGGGACAGGGGAGCAGCAAGCAUAGUGAUCACAGCUUUAAGUCGUACCCGUCCUUCUCAAGGUCGGAUACGCAAGAGUCCAGUCGUUCCUUGCGUUCUUUGAAAACGGUGUUGCGUAAAGACAAGGACUCGAGUCAUGAACGCAAAGAUUCGAUAGACACUAUGGCAAGUAGGACGUCGAGCCUUCCUCCGCCGUCUCCAGGAAUUCUUGCGACAUCUGUAACUCCCACGUCUCCAACGCCUGCCGACAUUCAGUCUCAACACGUUAUUGAUAACUUACCUUCGCCUUCCACCGUGCAGCCGUCUAUGUUGGCUGUCGAUUCUACGAGUACUUCAACAGCAAACCCGAAACCUGUCCAGAAUGGGCCGGUUCUUAUUCCCAAUUCCGCCGUGCUUCCGUUUACUGACAAUCCCGAGGCAAUUGGCGGUCUUAAUGUGGAUGAAAUGAUUCAGAGACUCAUUCAUGCCGGAUAUUCACGGAAAAGCACCAAGAGCGUGUGUUUAAAGAAUGCAGAAAUCACAAGUAUAUGCAUGGCCGUCUCUGAGAUUUUUCUUUCCCAGCCUACAUUGCUUGAGCUGAUGCCACCUGUCAAAAUUGUUGGUGAUGUUCAUGGGCAAUACUCUGAUCUUAUCCGGUUAUUUGAGAUGUGUGGGUUUCCCCCCAGCUCUAAUUACUUGUUUCUCGGUGAUUAUGUUGAUCGUGGAAAACAAAGUUUAGAAACCAUUCUUUUACUUCUACUGUACAAAAUUCGGUAUCCGGAAAACUUCUUCUUAUUACGAGGCAACCAUGAGUGUGCCAACAUCACAAGAGUGUAUGGAUUUUACGAUGAAUGCAAACGACGCUGUAAUAUAAAAAUUUGGAAGACAUUUAUUGACACAUUCAACUGUCUCCCAAUCGCAUCCGUUGUUGCGGGCAAAAUCUUCUGCGUCCAUGGCGGUCUGUCGCCUUGUCUGAACAGCAUGAAUGAUAUUCGUGAAAUUGUGCGGCCUACGGACGUGCCAGACUGCGGCUUGCUGAAUGAUUUAUUGUGGUCGGAUCCCGCCGACAACGAGAAAGACUGGGAAGACAACGAACGAGGCGUCUCAUAUUGUUUCAACAAAAACGUCAUUCGUCAGUUUUUAGCCAAGUUCGAAUUUGACCUUAUCUGUCGAGCACACAUGGUAGUGGAAGAUGGCUAUGAAUUCUUUAAUGACCGCACAUUGUGCACAGUCUUUUCGGCUCCAAACUAUUGCGGAGAGUUUGACAACUGGGGUGCUGUGAUGAGCGUAAACCCAGAGCUGCUGUGUUCUUUCGAGCUACUAAAGCCCUUAGACCAGGCCGCUAUUCGUCGAGAACUGAAGAAGAGCAAACUUAACGGAAUUGCAUAUUAUCAGUCACCUCCUGCGGAGCAGGUACCCCAAAGCGUCUAAGCUUGACUGCUCAACCUUACUCUUUAUCAAAAUUAUGUAAAAUCUCUUUCAUCGCUAUGCCUAAGUGACUUUUUGACGCACUCACGGCCCAACUUCGCUCUCAGCGAUGAUGACUACUAAGCGCUCAUGACAAAACUUGCGUCACAUCAGCACUCCCCCUAUUGAACACCUAUUAACUUCUUUUCUUUUUCUUUCCCAUGUUUAUGAAUGACAACGAACUUGGAAACUGUUUUCUUUUUGUUGAGUCACCAGAAUCAAAGGUUUGCCAAUACACGAAAACUUGUUCUUUUCCUGUAGUUACUCAUUAAGACACUAAUGAAAUGUGCAAAAAAAAAUAUAAUUGAGAGUUAGCGUUUCCUCAAUGAUUAUUCGUUAUUGAUGAUAAUAAACGGGGACUAGUAAUAGUCUUGGAAAGGCGGAAGCAUGCAUUAAACAUAGAGGCUAUUUAAAGUAAUUCCGCGCUAUAUAA